GUUUAAAGUUUGCAAAACUAAGGUUCGGUUAAUAUUUAUAUACUCCAUAUAUAUUGUAACUAUUACCUUGUGUAAUUUUUCCAUAUUUAGUCAUAUGCAAUGUUCAUGUGUUUAGAGUUUACCUCGUAUCUUUCUGUGGUUCAAAAUUUAAUUUCUUACAAUUUCUGAUUAUUUUAUCAAAAUAGUUAUCCACAUCUGAUAUUUUGAAUUGUCCUAAAUUAUCUUUUUAUAUAUAUGUUAUAUUAGUUCUUUUUAUUUGGCUAUACUUUCCAGAAAAAGGCAUACCAUAUUUUCAACCAGAGAAAUAAAGAGCACAUUUGAGCUGUGUAUAUUUUAUCACAAUAUUUUUUUUUUUGUGUGAUUUAGUUCUUCUAAAUAAGACAAAAAUGGCUUAUCCUCCUGGCGGUGGUUAUGGUUAUCCACAAGGGGGUGGUGGAUACCCACCUCCAGAUAUGGGAUAUCCACCUGCAGGUGGAUACCCUGCUGCACCUGUUGCAUACCCACCAGGAGUGGGUGGUUAUCCUCCUCAACCAGGAUACCCGCCACAACCAGGAUAUGGUGCUCCACCAGCUCAACCUUACUCAGGUGGUCCGCCACCCGCUCAGCCGUAUGGAUAUGGACCUCCUGGAGGUCAGCCAGGAUACCAACAACCGCAACCAUAUGGUGGUUACCAGCCCCAACCAGGUUAUGGACAACAGCCACCGCAACCACAAGCAGGUUAUGGGCAGCCUCCAGCACAGGGCUAUAACCAACAACCACCUCAACAAGGGUAUGGGCAACAACCCCCUCAACAAGGAUAUGGGCAACAACCCCCUCAACAGGGUGGGCAACAGCCCCCUCAACAAGGAUAUGGCCAACAACCACCGCAACCUGCUCAACACCAGCCAGCUCCUGCUAAACAAGUAGCACCAGCACGACCUCCACCAGCAACAGCUCAACCAGUAGCAGCAGCGCAACCAGUAGCUCCUAGCAGACCAGUCGCACAGCCUCCCACUACUCAAAUGGCUAACAUGAGUGUUGGAAGAAAGGGUGGUACUAUCAAACCAAUUUCACCAUUUGAUGCUGAAGCAGACUGUGAACUUCUCAGAAAGGCAAUGAGAGGUGCAGGCACUGAUGAAGCAGCUUUAAUCAACAUCAUCGCGCAACGAUGCAAUCGUCAGAGAGUGGAAAUCAGAUUGAGAUAUAAAACUAUGUUUGGAAAGGAUUUGAUGAACGACUUAAAAUCAGAGCUCAGUGGUAAUUUAGAAGAAUGUUUGUUGGCUAUGUUGGAACCAUCUGUACUGUUUGAUGCGAAGUGCUUAAGAAGAGCUAUGCGGGGUGCUGGCACUGAUGAAGAGACUCUUAUUGAUAUAUUAUGCUCUCGUACGAAUGCUCAAAUUCGCGAAAUCAAGCAAGAAUAUGCCACCUAUUACAAGAGAGAUUUAGAAAAGGAUUGUGUUAGCGAGACAAGUGGUCAUUUUAAACGAUUGUUGGUCUCCAUGUGCCAGGCUAACCGUGAUGAAACUGACACAGUUGAUAUUGCGAAAGCUGCGAAGGAAGCGCAAGAUUUAUAUAAGGCCGGUGAAAAGAAAUGGGGCACUGACGAGUCUCGUUUUAACGUUGUUUUAGCAUCUCGCAAUUUCCACCAGUUGAAUGCAACAUUUUCUGAAUACGUAAAGGUCUCGCAACGUGAUAUCUUGAACAGUAUCGACAGAGAGAUGUCUGGUGAUUUGAAGGCUGGAUUUAAAUGCAUUGUACAAUGUGCUCGGAAUCCUUCUGAAUAUUUUGCUGAUCGAUUGUGGAAAUCAAUGAAGGGGGCAGGAACGAAUGAUAGCUUGCUUAUUCGAAUCAUUGUGUCGAGAUCGGAGAUUGAUCUUGCUGACAUCAAAACUGAGUUCUUGCGAAAGUACCACAAAACAUUGUACAAGAUGAUUCAAGGAGAUUGUAGUGGCGACUACAAAAAAUUGCUUUUAAAUUUGGUUGGCGCAGACAUAUAAUCGAUAAAGAAACCAUGUUUUUUUUUAAUUCUCUGUUCUGUGUAUUCUACUAAUUUGUGAAUCUUAUUUGAGUUUUUGGCAAAAACCAAAAGGAAAUGCGUAACACAUCCAAGGGAAUAUUGCAUAUUCACUUUCUAUUGUCAAGAACGUCCAAGGUUAGAACUCAAUCAUUUUUUUUCAUCUUUGAAUGUUGUUUAAUUUCGUACUAAUUGUUUUGUUUAUACUAAUUUCUUUUUACAUACGAUAAUGGUCUCAAUAAGGAAUAAUAUUGACGGAAAUGUAUUAGUUUUGUAUUAUGUCUAUGUGUAAGGCGAAUUAAGUAAAAAAAAGUGUGUUAGAA